AAAGUGGAGGGAAAGGGUAAGAGAAUCUCCACCUCUAAAGUAUCUCUAGUAGGGUUUAAUCCCCCAAACUCUUGAUCGUAAAAUGCAAACUUGACCAAACUAUACUUGGUUAGUCCAUGACAAAUUGACAAGUUAGAUUGGAUAACAUUAUUACGGAAUACUUGUAUUAUUUUUUUUUUUCCUUUUCACACAGGGAUAACAUUAUUAAUUUAAAGAUUCUAAUCAUGGAUUGGUGGGCAUAGUUUAGCUUUCUUCUUUACUUUUUGGUAGAGCAGCUCAACAAACAAAGAAUCAUCACUCAGAAGAAAAAACCACAACAUGAACAAGGAAUUCAAUUGAUUCCCUUUCCUUUCCUUUACAUCCUGCAAUUUGAAACCCGGAUUUCCAUUCGGUUCUUCCUUAAACCCAUCUUCCCUCUCAAUUCAAAACCAACCCAAUAAUCCUGAGAUUUCAACAACAACAUGAUCAAUAAUAAUCUGGAGAAUUCUUGAUUGUAUAACUUCUUAAACUUAUCAGGGAAAACCCAAACCCGAUUCCCCGGAAACCCGUUUUGUAAAGAUGGGUUUGAUCAAUUAGAGUUGAGUUGAAUUGAUGGGGUUGUGGUUGAGCAAGAUUGUUGGGUAUCCCAGAAAUUAUGGAAUUAAAUCUGUAAAUAUGUCGCCUUCUUUAAACACUUUCUUGUUACCAGCUCCAUUGCCUAAAUGGCCUGAAGGGCGAGGAUUUGCCACUGGGGUAAUAAACCUUGGAGAGAUAGAAGUUGCGCAAAUAAAGAGGUUCGAGUUUAUUUGGGGCUCUCAUCUGUCACAUGACAGAAGAAAAGGAAUUUCUUUCUAUAAGCCUGUGGACAUACCUGUAGGAUUCUUCAGCCUUGGUCAUUACUGCCAACCAAAUGAUAAGCCUUUAAAUGGCUAUGUUCUGGUUGCUAAGGGAUUGGCGUCUCAAGAUCCUAGCUUACUAGCCAUUAUGAUGCCUGUUGAUUAUACUUUGGUCUGGAAUUCAGAUGACGGCAUGGAAAUCUAUGAUCAACAUAGUUACUUCUGGCUGCCGAAACCCCCUUCAGGCUAUAAAGCCUUAGGCUUUGUUGUGACAACCCAGCCUGUUAAACCUGAUCUGGCUGAAGUAGGAUGUGUCAGACAGGACCUUGUUGAUGAUUGUGAGACUUGUGAUUCAAUGCUUGAAAUAAACUCAAAAUUCCGGAAUAUCCCUUGCAAACUCUUUAAGACUAGGCCUCGUAACAGAGGUAUGCAGGGGAGAGGUGUACCUGUUGGAACCUUCUGUUGUACUAGUCUGUGGACUGCAGAAGAAGAAAUGCCUGUUACAUGUUUGAAAAACAAAGACCUCGAUUGGCAUGCAAUGCCAAACCUCGAUCAGAUCCAUGCACUGAUUCAUCACUAUGGUCCCACCGUUUUCCUCCAUCCAGAUGAGGUCUACUUUCCCUCUUCUGUUUCAUGGUUCUUCAUAAAUGGAGCUCUUCUAUAUAAAGCUGGACAGUCUAAUGGUGAACCUAUUGAUGCUGAAGGCUCUAAUCUGCCUCGUGGUGGAGAAAAUGACGGUGAGUUUUGGUUAGACCUUCCUGCUGAUGAACGAAGGGAAGUUCUCAAGCGUGGGAACCUUGAAACAGCCAAACUUUAUGUUCAUGUUAAACCAGCUUUAGGUGGCACGUUCACUGAUUUAGCAAUGUGGCUCUUUUCACCUUUCAAUGGACCAGCCACCAUAAAGAUUGGACCACGUAAUAUUGCUCUGAGCAGGACAGGUGAACAUAUUGGUGAUUGGGAACAUUUUACUCUUCGUGUAAGCAACUUCACCGGUGAACUUCACAGUGUAUACUUCUCACAGCACAGUGGUGGUGUGUGGAAGAAUGCUUGUGACUUGGAGUUCAUAGAGGGAAACCGACCUGUCGUCUAUGCAUCUAAACAUGGCCAUGCUUGCUACCCAUAUCCGAGAACCUAUCUUCAAGGGUCUUCAGGUCUUGGUAUUGGGAUAAGAAAUGAUUGUGCUCGAAGCAACUUCUUUGUGGAUUCUAGCACCCAUUAUGAGAUUAUUGCUGCUGAAUAUCUUGGAGAAGAUGUUACUGAGCCUUUCUGGCUGCAGUAUAUGAGAGAAUGGGGGCCACAUAUUGUUUAUGAUUCGAGGAAAGAGCUGGAUAAGGUGGUCAAACGGUUUCCAUUGCUGUUACGUCGUUCAAUUGCAAACUUGGUUGGCAAGCUUCCCGGAGAACUUUGUGAGCAGUCUGGACCAAGUGGUCCAAAAGAGAAGAACAACUGGUUAGGGGAUGAAAGGUGGUAGAAUAACUUGCCAAAAGUCAUUCUGUUUAACCUGUUCUAGGAUCAUAUUAACAGGAUUUAUCUUUCUAGACUUCAAUUCAAGCUUGUUGGAAAAAAUGGCCAAAGAAAGUGUAAAGAACAUGUAAAUGGAAGUGUUUUAUACAAUUAUAUGCAUACAUUUAUGUAUAUGUCAAAGGAUGUCAUAGUCAGCUAGUAAACUUUGAUCACCCUCCAUACUGUAACUUCUUUUCAAACUAACAAUGUGACACAUGAACAAUAACUUAGGGAACAUUAGUUUUUGUGAAGAGGUCAAGAGGAUCACAUAUUGAUUACUAAAUCUA